CGGCCAGGCAGGGGUCCCUGCUUAUGCCUCCCCAAGACACAGGGGAAUUCUCAGACCUAACAGCCGCAGAGGGCCCCUGGAUCCUUCCUGGUCCUGCACUCCGGGAUGGAGCCUGAAACAGCACUGUGGGGCCCAGACCUGCAAGGUCCUGAAGAGACCACAGAUGAUGCUCACGGAGGUGCCGAGAGUGGGAACGAAGCGGAGAGCCCUCAGCAGGAGAGUUCUGGGGAGGAGAUCAUCUUGGGAGACCCCACUCAGAGUCCAGAAUCCAAGGACACACCGGAGACGCCCCCUGAGAGCCCCUCCCAGGACUCAGCCUCUCAGGACCCCCCAGGCCCACUGGUUCCCUCCAACCCCUCAGUCCGCCAGACCCCUCUGGAUCCCACAGGCCGUGAGGUGGUCCCUGCCCCAUCUGACUGGACGAAGGCCUGUGAAGCCAGUUGGCAGUGGGGGGCCCUCCCCACCUGGAACAGCCCGCCAGUGGUCCCUGCCAAUGAGCCCAGCCUGCGGGAGCUGGUGCAGGGUCGCCCCUCUGGGGCCGAGAAGCCCUACAUCUGCAAUGAAUGUGGCAAGAGCUUCAGCCAGUGGUCCAAGUUGCUGCGACACCAGCGCAUCCACACAGGCGAGCGGCCCAACACCUGUUCGGAGUGUGGCAAAAGCUUCACGCAGAGCUCACACCUGGUGCAGCACCUGCGCACGCACACGGGCGAGAAGCCCUACAAGUGCCCCGACUGCGGAAAGUGCUUCAGCUGGAGCUCCAACCUGGUGCAGCACCAGCGCACACACACGGGCGAGAAGCCCUACAAGUGCACGGAGUGUGAGAAGGCCUUCACCCAGAGCACCAACCUUAUCAAGCACCAGCGCUCGCACACAGGCGAGAAGCCCUAUAAGUGCGGCGAGUGCCGGCGCGCCUUCUACCGCAGCUCUGACCUCAUCCAGCACCAGGCCACGCACACGGGCGAGAAACCCUACAAGUGCCCGCAGUGCGGCAAGCGCUUUGGCCAGAACCACAACCUCCUCAAGCACCAGAAGAUCCAUGCCGGUGAGAAGCCCUACCGCUGCACGGAGUGCGGCAAGAGCUUCAUCCAGAGCUCAGAGCUGACCCAGCACCAACGCACGCACACGGGUGAGAAGCCCUACGAGUGCCUCGAGUGUGGCAAGAGCUUCGGCCACAGCUCCACGCUCAUCAAGCACCAGCGCACGCAUCUGCGCGAGGACCCCUUCAAGUGCCCGGUGUGCGGCAAGACCUUCACCCUGAGCGCCACACUGCUGCGGCACCAGCGCACGCACACGGGCGAGCGGCCCUACAAGUGCCCAGAGUGCGGCAAGAGCUUCAGCGUCAGCUCCAACCUCAUCAACCACCAGCGCAUCCACCGCGGCGAGCGGCCUUACAUCUGCGCCGACUGCGGCAAGAGCUUCAUCAUGAGCUCCACGCUCAUCCGCCACCAGCGCAUCCACACGGGCGAGAAGCCCUACAAGUGUUCCGACUGCGGCAAGAGCUUCAUCCGCAGCUCACACCUCAUCCAGCACCGCCGCACGCACACUGGCGAGAAGCCCUACAAGUGCCCGGAGUGCGGCAAGAGCUUCAGCCAGAGCUCCAACCUCAUCACACACGUGCGCACGCACAUGGACGAGAACCUCUUCGUGUGCCCCGACUGCGGCAAGGCCUUCCUGGAGGCGCACGAGCUGGAGCAGCACCGGGCAGUCCACGAGCGGGGCAAGACGCCCGCCCGCAGAGCUCAGGGGGACGCCAUGCUGGGGCGCGGGGACCCUGCCCUGCUGACCCCACCACCUGGAGCCAAACCCCACAAGUGUCUGGUCUGCGGCAAGGGCUUCAACGACGAGGGUAUCUUCAUGCAGCACCAGAGGGUGCACAUCGGGGAAAACCCCUACAGGAAUGCCGGCGGGCAUGCCCCACACCCGCCUCCCAAGCCGCCUCAGCUCCGGCCACCAAGGCUCCCCUUCGGAGGGAAUUCCUACCCGGGCGCUGCAGAGGGCAAAGCUGACCACCCCGGCCAGUCCCUUAAAGUGCCAGAGGGUCAGGAGGGCUUCAGCCAAAGGCCAGGACCGCCCUCCUCCAAGUCCUACAUUUGCUCCCACUGUGGAGAAAGCUUCCUGGAUUGCUCUGUGCUUCUCCAACAUCAGCUCACCCAUGGCAAUGAAAAGCCUUUUCCCUUUCCCAAUUACAGGACUGGUACAGGGACAGGGGCAGGGGCCAGUCCCUUCCUAAGUGGAAAACCCUUUAAAUGCCCUGAGUGCAAAAAAAGCUUUGGUCUCAGCUCUGAGCUGCUGCUGCACCAGAAAGUCCAUGCAGGCAGGAAACCCCAGAAGAGUUCUGAGCCAGGGAAGGGCUCUGAGCUGGGAAAGAGCUCUUCUGUGCUGCUCGAGCACCUCAGGAGCCCUCUGGGGGCCAGACCCUACAGCUGCUCUGACUGCGGGGCCUCCUUCCCCGACCGCCUGGCCCUUGUCCGGCACCAGGAAACACACACCCGAGAAAAGUCCCCCAGAUCUGAGGCCCCCCUGCCAGAGCCAGCCCCGCUGCCCACAAGCCAGAAAGGUGAGGCAGAGGCCUCCAGUCCCACAGGGAGCAGUGGCCACAAGGAAGGGCAAAGCCCCAAAAGUCUCUCAGAAGACAAGCCCUAUUUGUGCGCUGAGUGUGGAGACAGCUUUACAGAAAUCGCAGCCUUCUUCCUCCACAGGAGCUGCCACCCUAGCGUCUCCCUGUGAAAGGGUCUGGAGACCCGGGGCCUCUCUCCUGAGAGGAACACUGGAGCCCCAAAAAAUCAUGUGGGGAAAGGAGGACAACCUUAUCAGUGUAGGGAAGUGGAAGAGAAUGAACCCUGGGAAAAAACAGUGUUUUUGCAUUGGUCACGAGAAACCCUAUACAAUUAUUGAUGGGAAUCACUUAUAAGGCAGUAGAGAAAAACUGUUGGGUUAGAAACCCUAUAUAUAUGACAAAAAAUAAAUAAAAGCCCUUUAAGUCUGUAGCAGAGAAACCCUAUAAACCAUAGUGGAUAAAAGCUCUAUUAAUUGUAGGAAGAGGUCCCAAUAAGUCUCUAGGCAAUCCCAUAACACCGUAUCAAAAUCCUUGUUGAACUCCUUAUCAAAACUAGAGGGUCAGGAAGGGCAGAGAAUACAACAUGGCCUUGAAUUGAGAGGGCAGCCCUCAAAAGCUGUUGAAACAUCCUGCAGUGCCCUCCCUGCGCAAGGGUAGGAGGGAGCCCCUCGCCCAGCAGUCAUGAACAGUUAUACUGAGGAAAAUUCUCAGCUGAAGAAUAGUGUGGGAAAAGGAAGAAAACAGAAGGAAAAAAAAGUGAUGAGGCGCUUUUGAACCCACAGAGGAGAGAGACUGGGAAGAGAAAAAGUCCAGCUCACUGCACAGGCGUUCCUUGACGCGAGGCCAAUCUUAGAAUUGUAUGUGUGUCAGGGAAUAGGCCAAUGGAAUUCAUUAUUACCGAGAACCCAAAAAUGAGGAAGAAAAAAAAAUUAUGUCAAACCUUUUUAAAGGCUGAAGUUUGGGGUGAUUAAAAAAAAAACUUUUUGAGUGUAAGAAUACUGAGAAGCCACCACAAAAAUUAGGGGGAUUUCCAUUAGAUUUGCUUGGAAGGAAGCGGACCAAGGUGGAGAAACUGUUCCGGUGAAAUCUUGCAAACUCCAGGCCAGUUUCUCCCCUUUCUGGGAGCUUGUUAAACUGCAAGUAAAAGCAGAUCUCAGCUCAGGCCACCAGGCAGACCCCUCUUUUCCCCAGCCCAGCUGGAGUCUACUCCCAGAGGCCUCCAGGACCGGAAGGGGCCUCUGCCACAUUCUCAGGUCUCAUGGUCAGGUUUUUUCCUAAAAUCUAACGGCCAACAGUCUUGCUGCAGUGGCAGCCCAUUUCCUCAAAUUCUGUCCUCACUGAAGAGGGAGAACCGCUGCUAGUCAACCUCCAAAGAAUAAAUCCCUUCAGAGACUCAAGGCUUGUGUGUGGUUGUCCUCCCUAGACUUCUCUAUGUUGAGAGCCACCUGUGCGUGCUCUGUGGAGAUGGCAAGAUGACAGAAUAGAAAGCUUGGAUUAGCCAGCAACCUGCUUUUGACCUCAGCCUUCCCAGUAAGCUGGACCACAGGUCCCUGAAGAGGCCACAGAAGCCCAACCAUCAUCCUCACCUUUGUAUCCGAGUCUCUGAGGUGGAAUGACCAGCCUGAUGUUGGCCUCGGGAAGGGUCAGAUGCUAUAUUACUCUCUCCUUACCCAGAAACCUUCGGAAGGAGAUGGAAGGAUGGGAGACCCUCUCCUGCCAGGCCCCUCUCCUCUCCUCACACAACACAGACACACCUUUCAUAAACUCAGCCAGACCUGCUCACGUGUGACAAGAGACAGUUACUCUAAAAUGGUUGAAGAGCAAAAACUUGAAAGAAUCAUCUGCCACCAGGAUCCCCCCAGUCCUGGAGACCCUUAAAGGUGGAGAGGACUCCGGUCACAGCUGGGUCAGAAAGGAAGUGCUCCCUGACCCCAUGCUAGCACCAGUGACACACUGUCCUGAGGUAGGACUCAGAGGCCAGGUGAGGUGGCCCUUCAGGAGUGGCGUACAGAGAGGGAUGACCUGGAUGCCUGCAGAGUUAUGGGACACACCUUGAAUUCCAUUGCCUGGAAGUUUAACAGGUGAAAACUUCAGCCUUCACCUGUCCUGCCCCCAGAGGGAUAACUCUCAGAUUUCAAAGGCUGUAUAGAUCUAGAGCACUGAGGAAGAAAUGUCCAGGCCUGCUGGGGAGAGGAAAAUGCAGGCCAUUUAUGGUUGUGGGGAAGCCUCAUUAACAUCCACCUAGAGCCCCGCCCUACCCAAGUGCCAGGUAGAAGAGUGCCACUGACAGGGAGGACCCUGCUUCGAAUCUAGUGACAGAAAUGUCACACAGGUUCGUCCCUGUAAGAUGAAGAGAGAAGUCCUCCCAUCUAGGCCAAUUUGUCUCCUCAGAUGGUAGCAGAAACUAAGAUGUAGAGACAAACCCCCGUGGCACUAGAAGCAGGUUCCCUCAGAUUCAAGUUCAAGACUCACCCCAGAAGGGUACUGGAGAGCAGUGGCCUGUGGGGAGGUGGUCAGUAUAGUUGAAGAUGGCGUGUAGCAUACAUAGUAGGGUGCUUGCAUGUGUGGGACAGGUGCAGGUGGAGUCUUGCUCUGGUACUGAAUGGAUGUCAUGGGCAUGACCAGUGGGGACCUGGCUUCCUGGUGGGAAAGGGGUAGCAGAGACCUCUGGGUGUGACCUCUGCUCUCUUGCCCCCCUCCUCAAACUCCUUCAGUCAGCUGCCCCCCCCCAACCACAGCCAACUUCAUCUUGGGAGGAACAGGCAAGGAGCAGCAUGCAGAGCUCCUCUGACCACCUCAGGCAGAGGCUAAGGCACCUGGCCAUCAGGACCAAGUGUGGAAGGUAGAACACAAUCAAAACCAUCCACACCAGCCCAGAGCCCUCUCUGGCAGGAGCCUGACAGCCAGGGAUGAGGCGUUAUUGGUGAAACAGAGGGGAGGAAAGAAAGUGGUCUUAGCUUAGGGUGAAACUUGAAACUAAUGUGGCUAUGGAGGUCAGAUGGGAACUUUAAAUAACGGUAUGAAUCCUGAAGGGGGGACGUGAAAUCAUCACAACCAAGAGGUGGGGUUCUAUGACCCCCACCCUGAGGUGAACAGCUCCCAGAAUCCUUUGCUCCGUGAGGAAAGCCCCGCUCACCUGACUUGUCCCUGUGGUGUGAAAAGGCCCCACUUGUGAGUGUUGUGUGUCAAUAACAGUGUUGUGUCACUGGUGGUCAUGUUGAUUAGUUGAAGAGAAUAAAGGGAAUAAGAUUUCCCAGGUGUUAUAUCUUCUCGUUGAGCCUAGAGCAAGCUGAGACAAGGCCCACCCUUUUCCAGGGGCCCCACAGUCAUGUCCCGGGCCUACCUGGGAUAAACUGAUGGCUUUAUGAAAUUUUAAAACCUAGACCCUAGAAGGAUGGGGAGGAAGCUGAUGAGUUGGUAGCAGAGCCCAACAGUGCCUGGCUUUGACCCUAGCACAAUGCGUAAUGGGCAGGGGCCAGCUGAUGCCCAGCUGCGCAGCCUCAGGGAGCCAGAAGGAGGCCUCUGGCUAAUGGCCCACACCUUCCCAAGGGUGCCACAGCACCUAGGAUGCUUUCCAGAAACUGGCAGCCAUCUCUCCUGUUUCCUUUGGGUUCUGAGCCUCCUAGCUUGAGUUGUGUGGAGCCCUGACUGGUAAUCUCAUUCUCAGGGUCAGCCCACCAACUCCUACCAUGUGGAAAGACUAAGGCUCAGGGAAACAGCCACUUGCCUGCCCAUCCUCUCCUCCCCAUGGCACGGCCUGCCUGGGCCUGGCCUGGGCUCUGCGGUGUCUGGGCCAGUUGGGGCAGCUCCAAGGGAUCCCUGAAGCCCAGCCUGCUUCACUUUGCAUGUCUUGAGUCUGCUGUCGACCCUGAGCACUGCCCAAGGGCAGCACCUGCUCUAGCCUCUUGCCAGCCUCUGUCCUCAUAGGGGCCUCUCACCCUAGGCAGGGCGGCAAUUCUCCCAGACUCCAGGGCAGGCUAUCUCUCCAUUCCUUUCCCUGCCCAGAAAGGGGCAGGAGGGUGCAAUGGGAGGAGUUGCUUGCCUUUCAUACCAGAAUGAUGAAGGUUUUUCACAUCCUGUGGACCUCAAGCCCUGAGAGCACAGGUACGUUAGUACAGUGCUAAGGGAGCCUUCAGCAAGGUGAGCAAACUACAGGGAAAAAGUAGCAGUCAGCGACAGUCUGGCUCACACACAGCAAGGGAGGUGAGGGGGGAAGUGACUGGAAGGGUGGCAGCCUCAGUAGCUGGGAAUC